AUGAGGGAGGCGACGUGGGAACCAAACGUCAUCAGCUAUAGCGCUGGGAUCAGCGCCUGCGCGGAUGGAGAACAGUGGCAGCGAGCUUUGGCGCUACUUAGCGAGAUGCGGGAGGCGAAGAUCGAGCCCAACGUCAUCAGCUACAGCGCUGGGAUCAACGCGUGCGCAAAGGGCGAGCAGUGGCAACGGUCUCUGGUGCUGCUCAGCGAGAUGUGGGAGGCGAAGUUUGGGCCCGACGUCAUCAGCUACAGCGCUGGGAUCAGCGCCUGCGCGAAGGGUGAGCAGUGGCAGCAGGCGCUGGCGCUGCUCAGCGAGAUGUGGGAGGCGAAAUUGGAGGCCGAAGUCAUCAGCUACAGCGCUGGGAUCGGCGCGUGCGAGAAGGGGGGACAGUGGCGGAUGGCUUUGGUGCUGCUUAGUGGCAUGUGCGAGGUAACUGUAAAGCCCAACGUCAUCAGCUUUGGCGCUGGGAUCAGCGCGUGCGAGAAAGGUGAGAAGUGGCAAAUGGCCCUGGUGCUUCUGAAAGAGAUCUGGGAAGCGAAGUUGGUCCCCGACGUUAUCUUCAGUUACAGCGCUGGGAUUAGCGCGUGCGAGAAGGGCGAGCAGUGGCAGCGGGCGCUGUCGCUGCUGGGCCAGAUGUGGGAGAUAAAACUGAAGCCCAACAUCUUCAGCUACAGCGCUGGGAUCAGCGCGUGCGAGAAGGGCGAGCAGUGGCAGCCAGCACUGGCGCUGCUGAGCGAGAUGUGGGAGGUGAAGCUGGAACCCAACAUCUUCAGCUACAGCGCUGGGAUCAGCGCGUGCGAGAAGGGCGAGCAGUGGCAGCGGGCGCUGUCGCUGCUGAGCGAGAUGUGGGAGGUGAAGCUGGAGCGCAACGUCAUCAGCUAUAGCGCUGGGAUUAGCGCCUGCGAGAAGGGCGAGUAG